CCACUGCACUUGUCAUUGCAGGUAUGGUUACAAAAGUAUGGCUACCUUCCACCAACUGACCCCCGAAUGUCGGUGUUGCGCUCUGCAGAAACCAUGCAAUCAGCUAUAGCUGCCAUGCAGCAAUUCUAUGGCAUUAAUAUGACAGGAAAAGUGGACAGGAACACAAUUGACUGGAUGAAGAAGCCUCGAUGUGGUGUGCCUGACCAAACAAGAGGUAGCUCCAAAUUUAACAUUCGUCGGAAACGCUACGCAUUAACAGGACAGAAAUGGCAACAUAAACAUAUCACUUACAG